GUCAACCAGUGUAGCUAUGGCGAAGUGUGAGAGCGGGGGAGUUAGUUACAUUGUAUCUUUUGAAUCGCAGUAGCUGUUGAUACUGUGUGUCAAUUCUUCAGUGACAAAGUAACAAUAGCCUACACAUAAUUUAAGUCUACAUUUUGCAGGCAGAGAUGUCAAAUCUGCUCGCACUGGGCACGUAGUUAGGAUCGGAGAGUCAACAACAACAAUGGAGAAGUGGAGGAGUCACGUGCGUGGAGAGUUGUACAGAAGAGACUCCCUUCAGAAAGAUCCAUUUGCUGGACUGCUAACAUCGCUGUCACGUUCGGGUGAAAAGGUUGAUCUGCGUGACAAACUGUUGGACAGUCUGCAAUCUUGUCUCGAAAGAAACAAUGGUCGGGGAGCUGCCAAUGAUGACCUGUCAGUCCCUCGUCAGCUGGCUCUGAGGGAGAGUGAAGAAGAUAUUCUGAAGCUCAGAGAACGUGUUCGUGACUUGACUGCGUCUUUGUACCUGAAAGAUGCUGAAUUGCAACAUUGCUAUGCACAAGUGUCACGCUUCCGCAACGAGGCGCUGUCGUUCGGCCGCGAGAUGGCCACCCUGAAGACCCAGGUGGCAGACUAUGAGUACAGGCUGGAGCUGCAGAGCCGGGAGCUGAGGGGCCAGAGGCUGGAGACAGAGGCCCUACGGACACAGCUCGCCACCCUGCAGCACGACAAGGAGCAGCUCCUGCAGAAGUGGAUGGAGGACAAGAGCAUGGAGGCUAAACGCAUGAACAGAUACAACAGAAUACAGGAGAGGUGUCAUCGUUUGACCGCUGACUUGCUUAAAGCCAAACAGCUGGACUCUGACGCUGAACAAGAUCACAAAGAUGAAUCUUGUGCAUUGGAGACAUAGGAUUGGAUUUUAAUGUGACACAUUUUUUUGUUUUUCAUUUUAAUUUAUGGUAUAUGUGUUAGGUUUCAAUUUAUAUUUUGCAUUGCAUAUAUUGCUAACAGUUUUGGAACUGACUUUUAUUUA